CAGCUGUUCCCGGUCUGUUUACGUGCACCUGGUGUCGAGAGUUAGCUACAAGGCGCCCGCAACUCUGCCAGCGCCUUGCAGCAGCUGCGCCCGUUUACGAUUCUCCCUGGCCAGCAGAAAACAAAGGCGCCCCACUACCAUUUUGCUCCGUUUCCGCGUGCCGACAAUGUAGGCAAGAACAAUAACGAACCUCGGUCAUCGCGUCAACGGAUAUCCCGUAUAGAUCAAUCAUGCCCGCACGCUCAACGCUUUACAACGCACGUCUGAGGCCUCCAGGAAGGACUGAGCGUCAUCGACAAAGGACGUGCUGAUAAUUUCAACCGGCAUGGCGGUGAUCAAGAGAACGUGCUUGCUUGUGCUUGCGGUGGCGUGGGCGUGCCUACUGCCACGCAGCGGCUACACCGACUCAGCGCUCGUGGGCGGUUGGACAGAGCAGAACCCACAAGGAAACCCCAAGUACCUCAAACUUGCUCACUACGCUGUCUCCACCCAAACUGCGGGCAGGGAGGUCUAUGACACUGUCGUCGACCUCAUUAGUGUCGCGACCCAGGUUGUUGCCGGCGUGAACUACAACUUGACGUUCACUACCGGACCGACUGCCUGCAAGAUCGGUCAAGUUCAUUAUUCAGCGGAGGAAUGUGUUCCAGUCGGACCGGUGAACAAGAAGUGUUCAGCAAUCGUCUACGAAGUUCCUUGGAUGAAUACUACUGAGGUUACCAGCUAUACGUGCUCCGACUGUACGCAAUGAUGCUCACGCCAGCAUUUACUCAUCGCUUAUACGCGUAUGCAUCCCACCUAAAAACGACACGUAAGACGACGGCCAAGCUGGAACAAACGUUUAAUGGAUCAAAUAUCUUCCUUUUUUUUCGCGUGGCGUGUGACCCCUCAAUGAACGGAAUAACAAUAAAACCGAACAAGUCGUUUUCCACAA